UCGAUAACGGCUCCGGCAUGUGCAAAGCUGGAUUCGCCGGCGAUGACGCCCCUCGUGCCGUGUUCCCGUCCAUCGUCGGACGUCCCAGACACCAGGGCGUCAUGGUCGGUAUGGGACAGAAGGACUCGUAUGUCGGUGACGAGGCGCAGUCCAAACGUGGUAUCCUGACGCUCAAGUACCCCAUCGAGCACGGCAUUGUGACCAACUGGGACGACAUGGAGAAGAUCUGGCAUCACACCUUCUACAACGAGCUGCGUGUCGCGCCGGAGGAGCACCCUGUGCUGUUGACCGAAGCACCCCUGAACCCCAAGGCGAACAGGGAGAAGAUGACGCAGAUCAUGUUCGAGACAUUCAACGCGCCUGCGUUCUACGUGUCGAUCCAGGCUGUGUUGUCGCUGUACG